CCUUUGCCGUUUGCCGUCUGCCGUAAUAACCCAGCGCGCGCGUGGCGCUCAAACCAUGUCUUGCGUGGUGCGCAAAACGUGUGCGCACUAACAAAAGUAGGCACCGGCCUUAAUAAGCAAACCACAAGGUGCAAACCGACAACCCGGGACGUCGCAUAGUUUCAUCUAACGGCCACCCUACUGUACAGAACGCAUUUUACAAUUCACUAUUGAUCCAACGUAUACCAGCAGGAUCAUCGAUCCGGUUGCUUGCUUAAACAUUUCAUAGUGAAAAAGGUGAGCCUUCCCGUAUAGGCCGUUAUAGGGCGUACCCCUCCCCCCGGGUGUAUAUCAAAGGAUUUAACGAGAAUAAAAAAAUUAAUAAAAUACACAGAAAAAGGAUAUGAUAUUCUGACAUUCGACAUCUCGUUAGACCCUCGUUAGGGAUAUGCUUGAAUUGACAGGGAUUUUGCCAGUUGACCUAAUUAUCUCAACUAACUAAUCAAACAGCCUACAAUAACAACUCGAAAGAUCGUAUAGCCUUUCACGCUAUCGAUUAGAGAAUAUAAAAGAACAGAGGGUUUAUAUUUCUUCGAUUUUUUUUUUAUGUGCCUGUUUUCACAUUUGCCAUGGUUUUGUUCUGUCUUCUCGAAAGGAACGAACGACUUUGUUGUCUUACUAAUCUGAAAAUGACAGUCGCAUCUUGUAUACAUUUGUGUUCAUAUAACAAUGGUAAUCUCAAAGACCAAAUACUUACAACUUUUUACAAGUGGGAAGUAUAAAUUGUGAAAUUAAAAUGCCUGAGUCACAGCACGAUCACUUGAAUUUUCAAGCACGAGUAAAUUUUACCAAAAUUAUAUUUGCAUAAAAUACGCUGGCCCAUAUUAAUGGUGCAAUAUCAAUGCCUUAAGACAGAAAACAAAGAUUAGUUAAAGUUGAAUAAUCCUUGGAUUAUAAAAAGAGCAUUAGCAACUAAUGUCGCAGUGGGGAAUUCAUCACCAUGGUUACGUCUUGCUCCAAAGCCUGGGAUAAUUGAGAGCUAAAUUAUCGAGACAAUAGUUCGAACCACCUUUGUUCCAAUAUUUGAACCCCAAUUACCCCUUAAAACAAAUGGCUGACAGUCUAAAUUACCGCAGAUCCAAAUUCCGUAUGGUACAAACAAAUCGUUUUGUAUUACGAUGGUUCAAUUUGAACGAGGCUCCAAAAGAAACAAGUACGGCGAGCACCGCUGUGGCUGCGAAGAGACGAGUCUCCAAAAUGUCCAAGCGAUCACAAAGAGAGGCUUUGAAGACAAAAAGAAAGCCCUUUGCUAUGGGCGUAACCAACAGAGGUACAGAGAAUAAAACCGAAUUAAACAAGGUCGGCAAAACAGAUACGCAACCACAGGCAGCGAUAACAGUGAAUUUAAUUUCGCGUAAACCCAUCAACACUGAUGAAGAAAUGGAGGAUAUUGGAGAGGACUUAGAAGGCGAACAACGAGAGGCUGCCAAAGACGGUGAGGAGGAACACGACGAACCGGACGGCAGCGAUGUAGAAACUUUGGACUUCUUCAGUGAAUCGUCCGGCGAGUUAUCCGACGAGUUAAUUUUGCUACCGAAUAUCUUAAUCCCUUGUACAAAGUGCGGUGACGUGAUUAACAUCUGUCGUCUGCCAUGUCAUCGGAAUUUACACUCAGCUUUACAGACUCUCAAAUAUUCGCAGGAUCAGAGGCCAAAGAAUAUCAACGCAUUGGUCAGACGAAGAAAACUUUUGAUCAAACAGCAGCAAGAUGCGAGCUCGAAGAACAGACAAGAUCCCUUCGGAGACAAGCAUUUGCAUAAAUUAAACACCGCAUUUGAAGUGCUACGAAUCGAACUACAGGGGAACACGGAUCUCAGAUACCUUGCUGAUCGAAUUAUUGAAGAGAUAAAAUUAACAGGCGAAGGUUUCGACUUGUCCUGUACCACCGCGGUUGGCAUUUGCGAAGAAGCCAACAAAAGAUGGAAAAACAUGGAGGACGUUCACAUCUUCCAAGACAACUUUCUCAACCAUGUAAACAGCGCAUUCUUUGCUAUCUACGACGGUUACAGCGGCAAACACACGGCAGAAAAGUGCAGUCGGCAUCUUCACGUGUUCUUAAAAGAGGAACUCGACUCCAUUAUGACGCAAAAACAAGCCAGACCAACGAAAAAAGAGAUGACUUCUGCCUUUCGAAGUUCUUUUUCCAAAACUGAAAGGUUGUUGGUUGCGUCUGAAGAGGAGCGGUCGCAAAGUAGAUGGAGUGGUUGCUCGGCCGUUACUUGCGUGUUGACAGAUGACAUGUGUUUUAUUGCAGAUGCGGGGAACGUGGGAGCCAUGUUGCUACGAGAUAACGAUAUCGUGAAAGUCCUCACGCACAAGCACGAUUUGUACAACAAGAAGGAACGUGAACGGGUCAAGAAAUCAAGCGGGGUCAUUGUCAAGACCGAAAAAUGCGCCCUCAUAAACGGGGCCCUGAGCGUGACAAGGGGCAUUGGGAGCAUCGGUGAUAUGGCCUUAAAGAAAUGCGUCAUUAAUGAACCUGGUGUCAAGAUUGUUCCUUUAGAUCCUUCGGAUCAGCUUUUGAUUUUCGCCUCAGGUGGGUUUUGGAAAAUGUUUUCCUACGAAGAAACGACUCACCUUGUGAACGGAUUUUUCGGUCAAAUAAGAAAGGAAGCGAAACAACAAAUUAUUACAGGCAAAAAGAUGAACAGAACUACCUCUGAAACGAAAACACAACACCAAAUCGACGCAGAAUAUCACACUGAGCUCUUCUCAAAGACCGCCGACCCAGCUAAUAAUAUUUCUGGUUCGUCCGAUUUCUUCAACAAAACUGAAAGAAAACUAACACACAGUAAGAGCGAAGAAAACUUAGACAUACUUGCAGCGUAUCAUCAAGAUAAUUUUUGCGCUACAACCGAGGAGAACAAUUCCAUGAACACUGACAACGAAUUGACAUACACAAAUGAUAUGACAUGCCGGAACAAUGACGUAAACUAUGACGUCACCAUCCAAUAUCUACGUCAUCACCGCUUUUCUCUGCCGGAUAAUACAACGCUGCAGCUACUUAAAGGCACGGAGGAGGCGGAAUUAACAAGGCCUGAAAAAGCGCGUCUGUUGGCGAAGUGUUUGGCGGAAAGGCUAGUGAAAAGCGCACUGUACGCCGAAUCUAUGGAUAACAUCACUGUUUUCGUUGUCCUUUUGCCCGGGUUUUCUAUGAUUAACUGGCAGAUGGUGACACCUGACAUCUUGGAAGCGUUAAACGAAUUUGUAGACGAUGACGAUGUUUAUUAAGUAAUUGCUGCAAAACACGGAAGAAUAUCGAAGUUAAACGCAUACAAGGCUGCUUUCUACAAUGUUUUCCAACGAACCGUUGGUUAUCACCUCAACAAUCUAUCUUUUUCUGAGUCAGUUAACAUGCUCUUGAAAAGUGCGGCAUUUUCUCUUUAUUGGCAACGAUCACAAAGAAACCAGCCCGGUUAGUAUGCAAUCAAUUUUGUUGGUUUUCCAGUCUUUUCAGUCAAUCAAUCACCAACAACCACACGUGCAAUUUAAAGGCACCGCCCACGCUACGCUGGAUAAAUUUGAAAACGGUGUUUUCACUCUGAAAACGCAUCAAACUGGUUUUCCGUCCACACCACGUCGGAGAAAUUUGAAAAACAAUCAUCGGUUAUUACGGAUUUGUGUUUGAGAAAAACUUGAGCAGGGAGAUCACAUGCUUGUCGUGAUGUCAUCGUUUUCGAAAAGCUCCGUUUUCAAAAUGUUUUCUGUCCACACUAAGCGCAAAGCCGGCGUUUU